AUGGGUAAUUGCUGUUCUCAGAAGUCUGUGCAGAGAAAUGACAGUUCCACUUCCCAGGCCCCUCACCGAGUUGAUUUCAAAAUUGAACCACCUAAUAUUCCUGAGAUAGAAAUCAAAAAGCUCGAGCUGUUCCCCAGUGGAACAGGAGGACUUGGUGAUGUCUGGAAAUGUUCUUGGUCUCGACAAUCCGGGACAUCUAAGGUAAAUACAUCUGCGAAUGGGUGGGGAUUCACAAUAUCCACAAUCUUCAAGGUUGCGGUCAAAUCAGUUAGAAUCCCUCAAGCAGGUGAUACUCAAGUGGUGGAUAGGGCAAGCAAGAGGAUUCGUCGCGAGGCUUAUGUUUGGAUCACUUUGGUGCAUGACAAUAUUCUCACCUUUAACGGAAUCAUCGAUGGCUUUGGGCUACUUCCGGCGCUAGUUUCUCCGUGGAUGGAAAAUGGGUCGCUCGACGUCUAUCUGAAACAGGGACAUGUACCUUCCAAGGGCGACAAACUGAGAAUGUUAAGACAGAUAGCGGCCGGCCUCAAGUAUUUACACGAUAAAGGGGUAGUUCACGGCGAUUUAACAUGUACCAAUGUUCUGAUUAACGACGAUGGGAAGCUCUGCCUUGCAGACUUCGGUCUCUCGAUGAUCCUUGCGGAAUCGCAAAACUCUACCUUUAAUUCAUGCCACCCAGGAAACGUGCGGUGGAUGGCACCUGAGAUGCUUGCUAUGCCUGAGCCAGGGGGAGUGGUGGUGCCAACCAAAGCCGCCGAUGUUUACUCAUAUGGUUGCAUCAUGCUUCAGUUGUUUUGUGGGCAUGUACCUUACCGCUGGCUAACGCAAGCGUUUCAUGUUAUUGCGGCAAGAGUCGCAGGAAUCGAACCCUUCCGCCAAAUCACCGAUGUUGAAGAGGGACAUAAGGAGUAUUCAUUGAAAUGUAUAUCUGUCAACGUCGGAGAUCGACCAGGGGCCUCCGGGAUUGUGGAGUUUUUAGGAGCAGAGUAACGACAAUGCAACAAACAGAGUAGUCAAGGAUGCUGUAUAUCGGAAUGACGUCUGCAUUUAACGCUGCCUUGUUUAUGUAUGUCAUGAGGAGUAAGGUAGUUUGCUGGCACAUAAAUGACUAUACCCUGUACACUAGGUGCCGACCUGUCGCGCUUAUAAUAGAGAAAUACUGAGAACAUACACUAACUGGUAUGAUGUAUAAAGGAUGCAAAAUCAAUGUUGAUAUAAAGAAGGCAGAAAAAAGGAUCGCUUCAAAACUGAGGCCUCAUCCAGACGAAGUCUCCUUCGACAGUGCUACUUGAAGGUAGUUUAGUACCCCGUCCACUGAUGGACGAACCUUGGUAUCGGCUGACCAACACCGCCGCAUGAAAUCCAAGUGAUUGGGCUGGAUUUCGAUGGUGGAGUCAAUGGGCUCUAGGUGUUUGAACCUUGCAGAAACAACGUGUAUAGCGGUCUUAAGCCACCAGUAGGGCUGUUUCCCAUACAGGAC